UCGCAAACGACCCAUCUCUAUUGGCUAGAAAUACUCUUCAAAGGGCAAGGAACGCAACAUAAAUUUUUAAAGGCGCUUUCCAUCAACAUAUACUAUAAUAGGGAUAUAGCUGAAGAAAAUGGCUGUAGUUUAAUUAGCAAGAUGUAUAGACCUAAUUUGAUGUUUUUUGUUUUAUAUUUUUCACUAGAAUGUAUUUGCCGGAGCCAAAGCGACAUCUACUCCCUGAAUUACAUCUACACUGCCCUGUCAAAGCCACUAGAAUUGCCUGGUAUCCAUGAGUUUACUGCCAUGGGUCUGAUGAAUGACAAACAGAUUGAUUACUAUGACAGUGUGGCAAAGAAGAAGAUUCCCAAACAGGCCUGGAUGAGGGAGAAGCUGCCAGCAGACUACUGGGAUAAAGGCACUCAGUCACGCAAGAGCAAGGAGCAGUGGUUCAAAGUUAAUGUCGAUAUCUUGAUGAAGCGCAUGAGGCACAACAACACUGAUGUGCAUAUCCUUCAGUGGAAACAUGGCUGUGAGAUUGACCGACAGAGUGACGGCACAUUGAAAUUCAUAAAGGGCACAGACCAGUACAGCUACGAUGGUGAUGACUUCCUGGCCUUUGAUGAUGCCAAUAUGCAGUGGGUGGCCCCAGUUGUUCAAGCUCAGCCGACUAAGAGGAAGUGGGACGGGGUCCAGAUCCUCAACCAGUACACCAAAGGCUACCUGGAGAAGGAGUGUGUGGACUGGCUUUCCAAAUUCAUGAAUUAUGAGGACAAAGAAUUCAGUAGGGCUGAUUCCCCUCCAAGGGUCUAUGUAUUUGCUAAAAAGGCCAAAACUGCAGGACAUGUCCGACUCAUCUGCAUGGCCACAGGUUUCUAUCCCAAAGAUGUGAUUAUGCAAAUGAAGAAGAAUGGAGUUCCAUUGACCGAACGUGAUGGAGUGCAGUCUACAGGAGUCCUACCCAAUGAUGAUGACACCUACCAGAUCAGGAUGAGUGUGCAGAUCCCAGAGGCAGAUAAGGAAACUUAUGAAUGCUCUGUCGACCAUAGAACAUUGAAGGCGCCAAUUGUGGGAAAAUGGGAUGGAAUAUGUUGUGAUUGCAGUAGUUUCGGUGCUGUAGUCAUUGGGGCAGUCAUCGCCAUUAUUGUAGUUCUGAUCUUGGUUUCGGUGGUCCUGUUUGUUCUGCACAAAAGCGGGACAAUUGUGAUUCCUGGCUUGAAAACUACAGAUCAAGGCAGCCAGAACGCAGAGUCCUCAGACAGAGGCAGUGAGGAGGAUGUUAAGAAGUCAAUGCUGCCUCAGGAAAAUGACCGUUUUUGGCCAAACUUCCUGACCGGACCAUGAAGGACAGUCAAUUCAUUUCAUAAUUUUAUAGUAUGGCUAGAGCUGUUUCGGUGUGGCCACGAGUCAUGACAGCAGUCAAAUUCCACAUGACCUUUUAGUUACGCUAAUUAGACUUCUCCAAGCUCUGAUGCUGCUGAUGGUCAUUAGUAGCCUACCAAACUGGCCAACUAUUGUCCCUUUUAAUCACUCUGAGAUUAAUGCAAAUCUAAUCAAACACUUCAUGAGAGCUCAUGUUGCUCAAAUAUUUCUAUAGGCUAUGCAAUUGCGUGAGAAAACAGCAUGAUGGUCAUUAUAAAAAAAUAGGAUUCCAUCAGCUUUCCAUAUGCUAGGCCUACUAUUUUAUUUG